AUGGCAUACAAUCACUAUACAACUGCUAGUAAUACUACUACUACUACUACCACUACUACUACAGUAAAUGAUACUACAUCAUAUUAUGACGAUGAAAUAUUCCAGAUCAAUUUGGAUGAAUCAGAAGAAUUGUCUUCCCUUCUGAACACAACUGAUAGUAAUAGAUCCUCGAUAGCGUCUUUACCUACUUCACCAUUAAAUCUGCCAAUAUUAUCUUCAUCUCCAUUACCUCAAUUAUCUACAUCUCCAUUACUUUUACCACAAGCUUAUAUUGCUUCCCCAAAUUAUAGAGCUGAACAAGACAAUAAAACGUUUCUUUAUGAAUGCUGCAUCUGCAAUAGAAUAACAGAUACCAAUACUAAUCACCAAUGCAAUAAACCAAUUGAAGAAUUGAUGUCUCUGAAUGACAAACUGAUCAUUAAUAAUUAUCAAAAAUGGUUAUACAUUCAAUCAUAG